CAGAAACUUCACGGAAGCUGAACCCCCAGUUUCAAGUUGGGAGGAGGAGGUGAUAGGAUUUGGAAGAUAGACAGAACACAGACUCGCAGGUGCUGUGAUGGCAGGAGUCGGGAGGGACCCCAAGGGGAGGAAGGAGGAUAGCGGGAUGGGGGGAGUCAUCGAUUUCGUGCUCUCCAACGCCAAGCUGGUGCUCGGGUUCGGGGGGGCGGCGAUGUUGGGCAUCGCCACGCUGGCAGUGAAGCGGAUGUACGACCGAGCGGUCAGCGCCCCUGCCAGCCCCACCAGGAUGGGCCAGUCGGGGCAGAGGAGCUGGGAGGAGCCGAGCUGGCUGGGGUCGUCGCCACGGUUACUGAACAGCGACAUGAAAACCAACCUCAGCCGGUCUUUGCAGACUCUGCCCACCGGCGACUCUGCGUCCGGAGUCUGCUCGCGGGGGGCGGGGCCACUCUCGCGGGGCGCGGGGCCCCGGCAGCGCGUGUCUCUCGGUGAGAAGCUGCGCUGGUUCUACGAGACUCGGGUUCGGAUCUCCCCGGAGGAGCAGAGCGGGGCGCGCAGGGCUGUGCUGGAGAUUUGCUCCCAGCUGCUCUCCUCCCUGCGGGACAGGCUCCCCGACGCGCCACUGAGAGACCCGUACCCCAGCGGCAGCCUCUACGACGACCUGCAGGUGGUGACGGCGGACCACGCCCAGUUGAUGGUCCCGCUGGUCCUGGAAAAAAACCUGUGGUCUCCCGUCCCCGGCGAAGAAACCAUCAUGAACGUCCCGGGAUUCUGGCUCGUCCGCCGGGAAAACCUGGAGUAUUACCCCCGGGGGACGAGCUACUGGGACCGCUGCGUGGUGGGGGGCUACCUCUCCCCGAGGUCCGUCCUGGAAUCCUUCGAAAGGGUCUUCCGCCACUCCAUCAACUGGAUGGCCGUCGGCGCCGCGCUGGGCUACGGCAUCCGGACGGCCGUGCCCUCGGAAACGAUCGCGCUGGAGGUCCAGUACGACCACGACCGCCGGCUCUUCCUGGACUUCCUCCCUCUGGUGGUCUUCGAGGACACCGUGCUGAUCGCCAAGCCCCACAGGCUGGAGAAGUUAGCUAACGUGUGGCGCCAAAGCUUCCGGGCCGACCACACCUCCAGGCUCCAGGGGGCGGACCGGGACGACGGCGGCUGCCGCUGCCUCUGUCUCAAGCUGCUGAAAGGGGUGUGCAAGCUGAACCCCGCCCUGGGGAAGCUGGACUCGGGGCAGCUCACAGCCGCAGUGCUGGCGGUCAGUAGUCGGAAGAGAGACUGGUCGCCGGGCGACUUGCCCGAGCGUUUCCUGCUGCUGAUCAGGGAGCUGGUGGGGUGGCUGGAGGAGGGGUGCCUCCCUUGCCCCCUGGCCCCCAAGGUCAACCUCUUCUCCGAACUCACCCCCCAGGAGAUCGACGAACUGGGGUACACCCUCUACUGCGCCCUGUCCGAGCCGGAGAGCCUGCUGAGGACUUGACAGGUUCUAGUGUUUCACUGUAACGCAGAGCCAUUGCAGUGCCGCUGUCUGCCUGUCUCUCAUUGAAGAUCAUUGAGGGUAUAGUGAGCACACUGGGGUCCC